AGCCCGCGUUCGUCGCUGUCCACGCACACACGCCUCUCGCACUGCAAGAUGAAGCUGGCGCAGCUGCUGCUGCUGGUGGUCUGUUUGGCGGCGCUGGCGCGCGCCCAGCAGAGGCAGCCGAGCAACAGGCCCGGGCGCUUCCUCUCGCUGCCGGUGCCGCAGAAGUGCGCCAACAGGCCGAAGGCCUUCCAAUUCAGAGGCCGCAACAUGUUCUUCAGCGGACACGUGCCGCAGCACGCCAACCAGAAGGUCGACUGGCUGGACGCCAGGAAUAUCUGCCGCGAGUACUGCAUGGACCUCGUGUCCAUCGAGAGCCAGGAGAAGAACAACUUGAUCUUCAAGCUCAUCCAACAGAACGACGUGCCAUACAUCUGGACGUCGGGUCGCGUGUGCGACUUCAAGGGCUGCGAGGGUCGUCGCGACCUGGAGCCCAAGAACAUCUUCGGUUGGUUCUGGUCGGCUAACCGCGAGAAGAUGGCGCCCACCAACCAGAUCCCAGCCGGAUUCAACUUCAACCCGUGGUCGCAGACCGGCCACAAGAAGCAGCGCCAGCCCGACAACGCCGAGUUCGACAUUAACGGCACCAACGAGUCUUGCCUCGCCGUCCUCAAUAACGUCUAUAACGACGGCAUCGCUUGGCACGACGUAGCUUGCUACCACGAGAAGCCCUUCGUUUGCGAGGACAGCGACGAGCUUCUCAACUACGUGGCCAGCACCAACCGCGGCAUUCGCCUUUAAAAUGCGGCAUCGAGAAAGCCUAGUGAUAUUGAAUAAACAAACCAAC